GCGCGCGCGCGCUGGGAGCGGGAGCGGCGGCGGCGGCGGCGGCGGGAGCGGCGGAGCGGGGCCGCCGCCGCCGGGACCAUGCGGCUGCGCGUCUACAAGCGCAAGGUGCUGCUGCUGGCGCUGGCGCUGGCGCUCUGCGCCCUGGCGCUCUGGGGCACCGGUGGCGGCGGGCGGCGGCGGCAGCAGCAGCUACAGCAGCAGCAGCAGCAGCAGCGGGGCGGUCCCGGUAGCACCGGGGAGCCGCCGCGGGUCAGCGAGCUCCCGCCGCCGGUGCCGCGCCGCCCCGCCAACAACGCGUCGUCCGCCGUGGUGGCGGCGGCGGCGGAGGCGCUGUCCGAGAACGCGACGCUGAGUUACCGCUCGCUCGUGUACCGGCUGAACUUCGACCAGCCCGUGCGGAACGCCGGGCGCUUCCCGGCGCGGCCCGACGUGGUGCUCGUGGUGCAGGUGCACGACCGCGCCGAGCACCUGCGCCUGCUGCUCGAGUCGCUGCGGCGGGCGCCGGGCGUGGAGAACGUGCUGCUGGUGCUGAGCCACGACCUGUGGGCCGAGGAGCUGAACCGGCUGGCGGCCCGCGUGGACUUCUGCCCGGUGCUGCAGGUGUUCUUCCCGUUCAGCAUCCAGCUGUACCCGCGCGAGUUCCCGGGGCACGACCCCCGCGACUGCCCGCGCGACGUGGGCAGGGCGGCGGCGCUGCGGCUGGGCUGCCUCAACGCCGAGUUCCCGGACUCGUUCGGGCACUACCGCGAGGCGCGCUUCGCGCAGACCAAGCACCACUGGUGGUGGAAGCUGCACUUCGUGUGGGAGCGCGUGCGGGCGCUGCGGCGGCACGCGGGGCCCGUGCUCUUCCUGGAGGAGGAUCACUACCUGGCGCCCGACUUCUACCACGUCCUCAAGCGGCUCUGGGCGCUGCGCCAGACAGAGUGCCCCGAGUGCCAGCUCGUGUCGCUGGGCACCUACAGCCCCGUGCGGGGCGGCUUCGCCGGCCGCGCCGACAAGGUGGAGCUGAAGACGUGGAAGUCCACGGAGCACAACAUGGGCAUGGCCUUCGGCAGAGACACCUACCAGAAGCUCAUCGAGUGCACGGACGCCUUCUGCACCUACGAUGACUACAACUGGGACUGGACUCUGCAGCACUUGACUGUCUCGUGUCUUCCAAAGUUCUGGAAAGUGCUGGUCCCCGAAAUCCCCAGGAUUUUUCACACGGGGGACUGCGGCAUGCACCACAAGAAAUCGUGCAGACCGUCCACCCAGAGUGCCAAAAUCGAUUCUCUCUUGAACAGCAACCAACAGUACCUGUUUCCCGAGGCGAUGAGCGUCAGUAAAAGGUACUCCAUGGCUCCCCUGUCCCCUCACGUCAAGAACGGAGGCUGGGGGGACAUCAGGGACCACGAGCUCUGCAAGAGCUACCGCCGACUCCAGUGAGGAGCCUCCUCGCGCCGCCUUUUCUCCUUGACUUGUCCCGUUGUGUCUCUGCCAGGCACACACGUGUAUAAACAGCAUUUAUCAGUUGGUUUCUGCUUUAAUAUGAAUAAACAUUCUUGUUAAAGGUGUCCCAAAAUAGUAAUCUCUCAUGUUUGGCAACCACGUUUUGGAAACGGGUGACGUGCUGCAGCCCCUACGCAAAAAGUGACCUGCUGCUGUGUUUGCUGGGAGGAGGAGGAGGAGGAGGAGAACACUUUUAAGUGCAUCUUUUUUGGUGCUUCAGAGCUCUGGUGGUGCCUGGGGUCCCACCCGGGGUCAUCUCACGCCCGAGUCCCGGUCCGGUUGCGCUGUGUCGAUGAAUAUAUGAAGGAUGAAAAAAAAAAAAAGAAAAUAAAUCUCAUUGUUUUUACUACGAUGUAGAUAAAUAUAUGAUUUUUUUAGUUCUGCCAAAAUAAAAAUGCCGUUGUUUUGUAA